AUGGAUCCUCGGCAGUGUACAGGAUCUGUAUUGAUUGGAGUUUACCUGUGGGCGACAUUCUGCUGUCAAGGUUGUCACGGCGGUGUGUACCAGAGGAAGCUGUACCACGACCUCAUGGUCAACUACAGCCGACUGGAGAGACCUGUCCAGAACGACUCGGCACCCAUCGUGGUGGACCUGGGCCUCACACUGCUACAAAUCAUUGAUGUGGACGAAAAGAACCAAGUGUUGAUCACAAAUGCCUGGCUGCAGCUGUACUGGACAGACAUUUAUCUUUCAUGGAACCCAGAGAGCUACCCCGGGGUUCAGAACCUUCGCUUCCCUUCUAAUCUGAUAUGGGUCCCAGAUAUCCUCCUCUACAACAGUGCUGAUGAGAGGUUUGAUGCUACGUUCCACACAAAUGUACUGGUCAAUGCUUCAGGAUCCUGCCAAUACAUCCCACCAGGUAUUUUGAAGAGCACCUGUUACAUUGAUGUACGGUGGUUCCCAUUCGAUGUGCAGAAGUGUGACCUGAAGUUUGGCUCCUGGACCCACAACGGCUGGCUGCUGGACCUCCAGAUGAUGGACGUAGACAUCUCUACCUACAUUCCCAAUGGGGAAUGGGACCUUGUAGGUGUGCCGGCUAAGCGUAAUGAGCUGUACUACGACUGCUGUAAAGAACCUUACCCCGACGUGACGUUCACGGUCACCAUGCGUCGCAGGACACUUUACUACGGCCUCAACCUGCUCAUUCCCUGCGUGCUCAUCUCUGGUCUGGCCCUGCUUGUCUUCUUGCUCCCUGCUGACUCUGGAGAGAAGAUCUCACUGGGCAUCACAGUGCUGCUGUCUCUAACAGUGUUCAUGUUACUGGUAGCAGAGAUCAUGCCUGCCACUUCAGACUCUGUUCCUCUGAUUGCUCAGUACUUUGCUAGCACCAUGAUGAUUGUGGGCUUGUCUGUAGUGGUAACAGUCCUGGUACUCCAGUUCCACCACCAUGACCCCCGUGGAGGGAAGAUGCCUAAAUGGGUUCGAGUCAUCCUCCUCAACUGGUGUGCUUGGUUCCUUCGUAUGAAGAAGCCUGGAGAGGAAAGCAAAACAGCUGUGAGCUCCAUUAGCCCCCCAAACUACAAGUACUCCCACCCUUCUCCUCACCACACCAGCACCAGCAGCAUUCAGAUGAGCACCAUACCGGGCCAGGCAUCCACCCAGUCAACCACCACCAAUGGGAACAUGAACCUGUACUUUGGCUACCACACAAUGGGCACAGACAACCCCGCUUUCCCACCGAGCACUGAUUCAGGUGUGGUGGUGUGCGGCGGUGGUGGAGGUGGCCACCCUAACGGCUCGUCCCCGCACGAUAUCCACUCAGAGCAGACGCGGACUUUGCUGCUGGAGCAGGUUCCGGAAAUUACCCAGAUCCUGGAGGAAGUGCAGUACAUUGCGAGGCGCUUCCGAGAGCAGGAUGAGGGUGAGGCCAUCUGCAGCGAGUGGAAGUUCGCGGCAGCGGUGGUGGAUAGGUUAUGCCUGGUGGCCUUCUCACUCUUCUCCAUCAUCUGCACCUUCACCAUUCUCAUGUCGGCUCCAAACUUCAUUGAGGCGGUGUCCAAAGACUUCACAUAA